CCCCCGCCCCCAGGCCGCCGGGGCUGUGGCGCUGUUGCCGCGGCGGCCUGUGAGGCUUUAACUCCCCUCCGCCCUAGACCCCUUCCUCCUCCUUUCUCUGUCUCCCUCCCUCUCCUCUCCUCCCCACCCCUCCCCUCCCCUCGCAGUCUCUCGCUCGAGUGAAUGUGGCGCGGCAGCGCGGGACGCAGCCUCGGUCCCUGUCGCGGCCCCGCGAGCUCCUGAGACGCAGACGCUGCCCGCCCCCACCCCUUGCGCUUCCCAGGGGAGCCUCCGCAGCCGGGAAAGAAGAAGGAGGGACGGCGGCGGGAAACCGGGAGAGGGAGGAGAAGAGGGUUCGAGGGCAAGUAGGGAAGGCAGGGAGGGACGGAUCGAAGGACGGACGGCCCGGGAAGGGGGCCGUCAUCGGCCUGCUCGGCCUCGGUUCCGACCCCGGGCGUCGGCGCGGGUGAAGGGCGCGGCAGGAGCUAUCGAGACAAUAACCCCGCCACCCGGCUCUGGGGACGGCGUGGAGAAAGAGGUGGCGGCCUAGCGCAGCCGAGGUUCUCUCAGCGCCCCGGCCGCAUCCGUGCCCCCGCCGGCCGGGUCCCGCCGCCGUCGGGAGUGCGGUGCGGGGCGGGCCGGUCCGGUCGCCCGGGGCCCGAGGCUCUGCUCUGCGCCGACGCCCCCCUCCCCGCCCCCUCCUGGCGCGCGGAGCUGGUUUUCCGGGUUCCUCUGGACAGAGCUGGAUCCUGCUUCUCGCCAAGGCCGGAAGUGAGUUUCGCACGGUAAUUCCGGGCGGUGUCACGAGUGAAAAGUUUUUUUUUCUUCCCCCGCGGAGAUCCUAGUUGGGGCUGGGAUCUCCUGCAAAACUCGAGACUUGAAAACCAGCCCGCCUCCCAGCCCCCACCAAAGCAGAAUACUCUCCCUACCGCGGGAGGCCACUCCACAUCCGCUCUCACCGGAGAGAAAUUCGGCUGGAGCCCAAGUGACUCAUGAAGGGGAGGAAAUCAUGUCUGGCGAAGCCUUGAAAAAGCUACCCUGAGACACAGUCCUACCGAAAGAAUGUUGGCUCAGUUAAGAAACAGCAGGGAGAUAAAUUCAGCCAAGUGUGUCUAAAAAUGACUACAAAACGAAGUUUGUUUGUGCGGUUGGUACCCUGUCGAUGCCUACGAGGGGAAGAGGAGACUGUCACUACUCUUGAUUAUUCUCAUUGCAGUUUGGAACAGGUUCCCAAAGAAAUUUUUACUUUUGAAAAAACUUUGGAAGAGCUCUAUUUGGAUGCAAAUCAGAUUGAAGAGCUUCCAAAGCAACUUUUUAACUGUCAAUCUCUACACAAACUGAGUUUGCCAGACAAUGAUUUAACAACACUACCAGCAUCUAUUGCAAAUCUGAUUAAUCUCAGGGAACUGGAUGUCAGCAAGAAUGGAAUACAGGAGUUUCCAGAGAAUAUAAAAAAUUGUAAAGUUUUAACAAUUGUGGAGGCCAGUGUAAACCCUAUUUCCAAGCUUCCUGAUGGAUUUUCUCAGCUGUUAAACCUAACCCAGCUAUAUCUGAAUGAUGCUUUUCUUGAGUUCUUGCCAGCUAAUUUUGGCAGGUUAACUAAACUCCAGAUAUUAGAACUUAGAGAAAACCAGUUGAAAAUGUUGCCAAAAACCAUGAAUAGACUGACCCAGCUGGAAAGACUGGAUUUGGGAAGUAAUGAAUUCACAGAAGUGCCUGAAGUACUUGAGCAGCUAAGUGGAUUGAAAGAAUUUUGGAUGGAUGGCAAUAGACUGACUUUUAUUCCAGGGUUUAUCGGUAGUUUGAAACAGCUCACAUAUCUGGAUUUUUCUAAAAAUAAUAUUGAAAUGGUUGAAGAAGGAAUUUCAGCAUGUGAAAACCUUCAAGACCUCAUAUUAUCAAGCAAUUCACUUCAACAGCUGCCUGAGACUAUUGGUUCAUUGAAGAAUGUAACAACUCUUAAAAUAGAUGAAAAUCAGUUAAUGUAUCUACCAGACUCUAUAGGAGGGUUAGUAUCAAUAGAAGAACUGGAUUGUAGCUUCAAUGAAGUAGAAGCUUUGCCUGCCUCUGUUGGGCAGCUGACUAAUAUGAGGACCUUCGCUGCAGAUCAUAAUUACUUACAGCAGUUGCCCCCCGAGAUUGGCAGCUGGAAAAAUAUAACUGUGCUGUUUCUCCAUUCCAAUAAACUUGAGAUACUUCCAGAAGAAAUGGGUGAUAUGCAAAAAUUAAAAGUUAUUAAUUUAAGUGACAAUAGAUUAAAGAAUUUGCCCUUUAGCUUUACAAAGCUACAGCAAUUGACUGCGAUGUGGCUCUCAGAUAAUCAGUCCAAACCCUUGAUACCUCUUCAAAAAGAGACUGAUUCAGAGACCCAGAAAAUGGUGCUUACUAACUACAUGUUCCCUCAGCAGCCAAGGACUGAGGAUGUUAUGUUCAUAUCAGAUAAUGAAAGUUUUAAUCCUUCAUUGUGGGAAGAACAGAGGAAGCAGCGGGCUCAAGUGGCAUUUGAAUGUGAUGAAGACAAGGAUGAAAGGGAAGCACCGCCCAGGGAGGGAAAUUUAAAGAGAUAUCCAACACCAUACCCAGAUGAGCUCAAGAAUAUGGUCAAAACCGUUCAAACCAUUGUACAUAGGUUAAAAGAUGAAGAGACUAAUGAAGACUCCGGAAAAGAUUUGAAACCACACGAAGAUCAGCAAGUUGUAAAUAAUGAUGUGGGUGUGAAGACUUCAGAAAGUACUACCCCAGUAAGAAGCAAAGCUGAGGAAAGAGAAAAGUAUAUGAUAGGAAACUCUGUACAGAAGACCAAUGAACCUGAAGCUGAAAUCAAUCCUGGGAAUCUUCCAGUAACUACAAAUACUGCAAAUAUGAAAGCAUCUGAGAACUUGAAGCAUGUUAAUCAUGAUGAUGUUUUUGAGGAAUCUGAGGAACUUUCUUCUGAUGAAGAGAUGAAAAUGGCAGAGAUGCGACCACCAUUAAUUGAAACCUCCAUUAACCAGCCGAAAGUGGUAGCACUGAGUAAUAACAAGAAAGAUGAUACAAAGGACGCCGAUUCUUUAUCAGAUGAAGUUACACACAAUAGCAAUCAGAACAACAGCAACUGUUCUUCUCCAUCCCGGAUGUCUGAUUCAGUUUCUCUUAAUACUGACAGUAGUCAAGAUACCUCACUCUGCUCUCCAAUGAAACAAACUCAUAUUGGUAUUAAUUCCAAAAACAGGCAAGAAGAUGAAAAUUUUAAUAGCCUUUUACAAAAUGGAGAUAUUUUACACCUUUCAACAGAGGAAAAAUUCAAGAUUCAUGAUAAGAAAGAUUUCAACUUACCUGAAUAUGAUCUGAAUAUUGAAGAACGAUUAGUUCUUAUAGAGAAAGGUAUUGACUCAACAGCCACAUCUGAUGAAUCUCACAAAUUAGACCAUAUCAAUAUGAAUCUUAAUAAACUUAUAAUUAAUGAUACAUUUCAACCUGAGAGAGUGGAAAGGUCAAAGACACAGGACAUAUUGCUUGGAACGAGCUUUUUAAACAUUAAUGCUAAAGGAGAAGAUGAGCACUUGGAAAAUGGAAACAAGUGUCCUAAUGUGGAAUGCAUAAAUAAGGUAAAUGGCCAUUCUGAGGAAACUCCCCAGUCUCCCAGGAGGACUGAACCACAUAACACUGAUUCUUCUGUUGAUAUGGGUAUUUCCAAAAGUACUGAAGAUCUCUCCCCUCAGAGAAGUGGGCCAAUUGGGUCUGUUGUGAAGUCUCAUAGCAUAACUAAUAUGGAGACUGGGGAGCUAAAAAUCUAUGACAUUCUUAGUGAUAAUGGACUUCAGCAGCCAAGUACAGCAGUUAAAAUCACAUCUACUAUUGAUGGAAAAAACAUAGUCAGGAGCAAGUCUGCUACACUUUUAUAUGAUCAACCAUUGCAAGUAUUUACUGGCUCUUCCUCAUCUUCUGAUUUAAUAUCAGGUACAAAGGCAAUUUUUAAGUUUGAUUCAAAUCAUAAUCCUGAAGAGCCAAAUAUAAGAGGCCCCACAGCAAGUGGCCCACAAUCUAUAUCUCAACUAUAUGGUCCUCCACAAUACAAUAUCCAGUACAGUAGCAGCGCUGCAGUCAAGGACACUUUGUGGCACUCCAAACAAAAUCCCCCAAUAGAUCAUGUCAGUUUUCCUUCUCAGCGCCUUCCCAGAUCAGAGAGCACAGAAAGUCACAGUUACACCAAACAUCCUGCCAAUAUGAAUUUCUCUAACCAUAACAAUGUCCGAGCUAAUACUGGAUACCAUUUACAUCCAAGACUUGGCCCAGGAAGACACGGGGAAAUGUGGGCCAUCUCACCAAAUGAACGACUCAUUCCUGGAGCAACUCGAAAUACAAUUCAGCGACAAAGCAGUGUGUCCUCUACAGCCUCUGUAAGUCUUGGUGAGCCAGGUCCCACAAGGAGGGCCCAAAUCCCUGAAGGAGAGUAUUUAUCAUACAGAGAGUUACAUCCAGUCGGAAGAACUCCUCCAGUGAUGUCAGGAUCACAGAGGCCUCUUUCUGCGCGAACAUACAGCAUUGAUGGUCCAAAUGCAUCAAGGCCUCAAAGUGCGCGACCCUCUGUUAGUGAAAUACCAGAGAGAACUAUGUCAGUUAGUGAUUUCAAUUAUUCGCGGACUAGUCCUUCAAAAAGACCAAAUGCAAGGGUUGGUUCUGAGCAUUCUUUAUUAGAUCCUCCAGGAAAAAGUAAAGUUCCUCAUGAUUGGCGAGAACAAGUACUGCGACACAUCGAGGCCAAAAAGUUAGAAAAGAGCAUGCUGUCAAGGUCCUUUAAUUCCAAUUUUACUGCCGUAAGCCACUGUCACUAUGGCAGCUCUAGGGACCUGCAUGGCAGCCAAGGCAGUCUUGCCUUGAGUGUUGCAGACGGAAGAGGUUCUGGUGGGCACAUUUUUCGAAUGCCUUUGAGUAAUGGACAGAUGGGCCAGCCUCUCAUGCCUCAGGCAAAUUAUAGUCAAAUACAUCACCCCCUUCCUCAGGCAUCUGUGGCAAGGCACCCCUCUAGAGAACAACUAAUUGAUUACUUGAUGCUGAAAGUGGCCCACCAGCCUCCAUAUACACAGCCCCAUUGUUCUCCUAGACAAGGCCAUGAACUGGCAAGGCAAGAGAUUCGAGUGAGAGUUGAAAAAGAUCCAGAACUUGGAUUUAGCAUAUCAGGAGGUGUCGGUGGAAGAGGAAAUCCAUUCAGACCUGAUGAUGAUGGUAUAUUUGUAACAAGGGUACAGCCUGAAGGACCAGCAUCAAAAUUAUUGCAACCAGGUGAUAAAAUUAUCCAGGCUAAUGGCUACAAUUUCAUCAAUAUUGAACAUGGACAAGCAGUGUCCUUGCUAAAAACUUUCCAGAACACAGUAGAACUCAUCAUCGUACGAGAGGUUUCUUCAUAAGAACUGUGGACAAAAAAUGGGGGGAAGACAGCAAGAUUUAUUAGAAGAUACUUGCAGGGGAAAUUAAUAUUUUGACUAUUUUUAUAUAUAAAGAGGAACUCAAAAAUUAUGUUCAAAUUUGUACAUUAAUGAAAUAACGGAACUUGUGACUAGAGGGAAAGAACCACUGUACAGUAUAUAGGGAAGACUGUUGAAUUCAAACCAUGUAAAACUUCUUGUUAGGUUUUUAAAAACAUAGCAAUCAAGGCUACAAAAACACAUGUAUGUUGUUUUUGUAUAGAUUGUAGGUUUAUUUUUGGAUUUCAUACUCAUGACUGAACUCUGUACAAGGCUCUAGUUAGCCUUGAUUGUAGCCCAGAGGCGGAUGGCAGAGCUAUCUCAUAGCUUUUAUGCCCUUAUUUUUAUUCAACUGAUAUUAAUGUUUUUCUGCUGAAACUACUUUUUUUUAUGUGGGCAAGAGAUUUGAAAUGUUGGCUUUUGCUAUGUGCACAUUGAAUUGCAGAGUGAGUAGGUGAAGGUGGUGCUGGUGGGAUCACUUUCCAAGGCUUGAUUAAAACAGUUAAUUCUUAUAAAAAUCUGGAAGCAAAGAAUGAAAAAAACAGCAAUCUGUUAAUGUGUUUUUAUUAAUAGAAUAAUGCAAUAAAAAUGUAAUGUCUUUUUAAAGAAAUAAAAAAGACGAUAAUUGCAUUUUAUGAGCGCUACAUGAUCUGUUCUUGUCAUAGCUAUUAAUGAUACAUUUGGUACUGGUGAUUUCAUUUUUAAUUUUUUUUAGUCACAGAAAUUUUUUAACUCUACUGUAGAUGUAUGUUCAUGAUUUUUCUGUGAUACGGAAAUCCCUUGAUUUUUUUGCAAAUGGUGAUAUUUGCAAUUUGAUAAUUAAUACUCCAUUUUAAUGUUAAUUUAUAUUUUUAUUUUAAGCAGCAAAUGAAACUGAAAUGGCCAGUUUUAAGAUUGUGUUGCUAUGACACAAAAUGUAAGAAGAUUUAGCCUCCUGAUUUUGUUUGGCUUCACAUUGCCUUGGUAAAGUAAAAGGAAACAGUACGCAUGAGCUAGGAAACCAAAGCAAGUCUGUGAAACUGGCACAGUGAUAGAGAAUUGCUGUGGGGAGUUGUAGCGCUAAGGGAUGGGCCCUUGGGGCCUGCCAGUGUGUAAAAGUGUUCAGAUAAAGGGCUGUUCCUACAGGUAACAUUAAAUGUGAACUCAACGCGUCAGAGUCUUUAAAGGGUUUCUAAGUGUAAGCGUAAUAGUGUUUUACUGCCAACUGCCUUUUUUUUCGUUAGUGUAAGAAAUAUUUGGUAGAGGUUUAUUAAUUCUGUUUAUCCAAAUAAAAUUUUGUUUUUGUCUGUGUAAUCAAAUAAAAAUUGAGUAACAUGCAAUGGUAAGAAUAAAUGCAUGGUUAUUUGGACCAUAAAAAAAGUGCCAUAGAAGACCAAUAACUGUUUUUAGUCAAGGCUAGUGUGGAGCCUUUCAUUAGAGCAAUAUUCAGUUAUUGCAAUUCAUUUUUAAUUACUAAGAAAUGCAAUUUUGGAAUUUUUAAUCUGUUAUCCUUUGUUCUUGAAUCUUGUUUUAAAUAAGAUUUUUAUAGGACUAGCAAAAACAGCAAUUGACAUUAUUUUUGCAAAAGUGAGUUAGACUGGUUCCUUUCUUGCUAGUCAGUAAACAGGCAGUACUUUUAAAAAGAUGUGAACUCAAAUAUUGCACUUCUUUCAAGAUGUUAUCAACUGGUUAUUGUACUGUAUAGUUUUAAUAAUAUUGAUCGAAACCCUUUAACAACUCUUUGUAAAUUUUAACUCAUUUUAGUUGAUUUUUCAGUACUAUUUACAUAAGAAUUGAUUUUUAUGGAUAUAGUAGAGGAAAUGUGCUGUAUUUUGAUAAAAUUCAUUUAUUGUAUGUGUGUUGUAAUCUCUAAAAAAAAGAAUGACAAACAGCUUCUUUAAGACAA